UAACCGCAACACGUACUACAGUCAGAGACGGAUUGCGUUGUAAUCGUUCAAGUUGAGAUAAAGACUGUGCGAUGCGUGCACGGACGUGCUCUUUUGCCCACAUUUCUUCGCCGACUAACAGCAUUCCGCCCCACCCCGAAGAAAGAAACACCAUCACCUCAAUCAGGAAGCACCGUGACAUAUUCUCUACGAAGAAACGUUUUGAAAACAUCACAACCGUGAAGAAGGCGUUGUGUUUUGCUCGUUAACGUCCGGUUGAUAAAACAGCGACGUGCGACACCGAGACCGAAGCCCGUCCAGCUGAGGUUCUGCUGUGCAUGCAUCUGAUUCGGUCCAAGCGGAGAAGGUCUCUGUCGGCAGCAUGGGACAGCAUUUAGGAAAGAAGGAGCCCCAGGAAGACAUCAGGGCUCCGUCGCCCCAGCCCGAAGCCAACCAGAAGGAGGUGGCAGCUGAAGAACCAGCAACCGUGGAAACGGACUCGCAAGACGAAGUGUUUGGCCUGGGUGAGGCAGAUGUGAACCAGAACAAUGGCCACGUCUCGGAGGGGCCAGCGGUGACUGACGCCACGGGCGCUGAGGGCCCCGUCGACCCCGAGGCCCCCGCCGAGGCGGACGACCCGGAGGGCGCCGUGCCACGCCCCCACCUGGUCCGCCUCUUUUCCCGAGAUGCGCCGGGGCGGGAGGACAACACCUUCAAAGACCGCCCCUCCGAGUCAGAUGAGCUGCAGACCAUCCACGAGCACAGCACAGCGGGUUCAGAGUGCGGUUCGGAAAGCCCUGAGCAGGACAUAGAGUAGCUUUUGCCUUUU